CCUCGUUCAAUCGGCGCAAAGGAGCUGUUCAGACCAGCGCUUCAGCUUUCUGUCCCGUUCAUGUCACCACGGCCCUUCGUGAAUGAUGCCCUGUGGAGAUGUCUCUGCCCACGGUUCUCGCAGGCUUCCCUGACAGUUCCGACGAGAAAUGCGUCUCGAGCCCGGACGCUGCCAUGCAUGAAGGCAGCGAAAUCGCAAUCGCGACAGUAUAAUUCGUAUUCACAACCAUUCGAUCAGUCAUUCACUCCCUGGAAGGAUGGCACCGGCUCCACGCGUCCACCUCAAUCGCUAUCGCCAACGAAUCCUUACCGCAGUCUCAAGCAAGAAGUGCCGCUCGUACAACUGCCAACUCCGGAGCUCUACGAACGCUUGCGCAUCGAUGGCGCGGCCGGAAAAUUCGACAAUGUAAUGAACGUCAUACGGGUCUUGAUCAAGGAUAGGAAUGAAGUUAUCAAUUCGCAUAUGUACACGGCUGUGCUGCACAGUUUGGCCAAUUGCGAAAAUGGAACCGGGGGCAAAAUUCGCAAGGUCCUUGAAGAGAUGCGCGAGAGCAGCGUGGAGCUCGACGGGAGGGGAGCAGAAUGCGUGCUCGAAGCAUUGGCCGUGCAUCCUGACCAUUUGUUGCGGACCGACAUCUUGGACUAUAUGCGGGAGAGAUGGUUCAAUCUGUCGGAUCGCGCGCACAACUUUGUGGUCGCGGGACAGAUGAGGGAAAGGCUUUUCGAACAGGCGCUGGAGCGGUUGGAGAAUAUGGUCAAAGAGGGUAUCAAGGUUGAGGCUUGGUUGUGGGAUAUGGCCAUCUGGCUAUUGCUCGAGUACAAGGAGCCUGAGGAGGCCUUUUACGUGCUUCGUCUGAGACAAAACGUGGAAGGGUACAAUGUCAAGUUGAGCCAUGUCAUGUGGCUACAGCUGUUGGAUGCCGCUUCCAAGCGCAACCUUACUGAUGGAGUGAAGAUGAUAUGGGACACCCAAGUCAUCUCUGGCUACCUAAAGCCCCCAACAGGAACGUGCCUCAACGUUCUCUCCGUCGCAAGCCGCAGCGGCAACAUCGCCCUCGCAACAGACGUGUUCCGCCUCCUCACCGAACGCAACACCCCCUUCACAUCGCACCACUACGAAGCUCUGAUCGAAUGCUAUCUCACGGCCUCGGACCUCCCCUCGGCCCUCUCCGUAAUCCUCAUCAUGCACGACUCGGGCCUGCGCGUCACCCUCGACAGCCUGCACCCUCUCUACACCCACCUCACAACGUCGACCCCAACCCUCCCCCUGGAAGCCUUCACACACCUCCAAUCGCAAGCCACGGCCGGCAAGAAGAUCCCCCUCGCAGCCAUAAAUACGUGCAUUCAAGCCUGCAUCCCGCGGCGCGGACCAUCAACACACCUCACCUCAGCCAUUGAAAUCUACAAAGCCCUCCACACCGUGUGCCCGGCCGGCCCAAACACCGACACCUUCAACAUCCUCUUUCAAGGCUGCCAGCGCGAAACCCGCAAGGAACUCGCCAUGUACUUCACCUCUGAGAUGCUCGCGCUCAACGUCCAGCCCAACCGCAUCACGUACGAUCGCCUCAUCCUGGUCUGUCUGCAGGCUGGCGAUGUCGAUGAUGCCUUGCUAUACUACGAGGAGAUGAGGGGGAUGGGGUGGGUGCCGAGACCGCGCACUUCAGAGUUCCUGGUCAAGGAGAGCGUCGCGAAGGGGGAUGAGAGGGGUGUUGCGGUUUUGAGGGAUUAUGCUGAAGAUGGGGGCGCGGAGCCUGGCAAGGUUGCGUAUUUGAGGAAGUUGGUUCAGCGGAGGUUUGAGGAGAGGAGGGGGGUUGGCGAGGAGGUUGUGGUUUAAGGAUAUGCUGUUGUUUGAAACGUUCUGUUAGAAGAGGAGGGGUUAGUUGUGUAGUGUUUAUGUGUAGUUCUAAGGAAAAAAAGAGAUAGGUCUCUAUAUAUAGGUGUGUGGCAUCUGUGUCUUACUGAAUUUGUUAUCUUUGCUUUCACUCUGAUGUUUACUCUUAUUUUUACUCUGAACUUCAUUCUCAUUUUCACUCUAACUUUUACCUUCAAUCUCACUAUCACUCUGACUUUCACUCUAGCUAUCACUCUGACUUUCACCUCAAU